AUGUGGGAUAUUGAAAUAAUUGAUAUUCGUAUUAAUCGUCAUUUUCAAUCCGAUAUUAAUCUUUAUUAUGAAUAUUUGAAAUCUCUUAUGUCUAAUAAGUCUCUAUUGACUAAUGAAACAUAUAAUGAUUAUAAUAAAUGGAUUGAUGAAAGCGUUGAUUACGUUUGUAAACAAGUUUAUUUUGAUGAAAACCAUGAGAAACUCGAUGUUGCAAAAAAUUUUACAUUAGGUGAAGAAUAUUUCAGUAGAAACUGGCCUCUUGUAGAUCAACGUUUAGCACAAGCAGGUCAUCGACUUGCAUCAUUACUUAAUCAAUUAGCUAAAAAACAAUCAUCAAGAAAACUUCCAUCAAAUAUUUCAGCACUUAUUAUUGUUUUAUGUAUUGUAUUAAUUAUUACUGUUAUAGCUAGUCUAAGUGUUUACUUUUAUACGCGAAGAAAAAGAGGACAAUAUGGUGUUAUGACAUCUAAAUUAUCAUAG